GAUGACACCGCUGCCGAUCCGUCGAAUUUUCACAGGGCAGGGAGACGAUCCAGAGUUUCCUCUGCUCCACUCGCUGGCUGUUUGAGACAUCUGGUACCAGUCAGAACCCGGGUGUGUCCCAGAACCCUAACCCGAUAGGAUGAACUGGUCCGGAUUGGAGAAUCUGCUGAGUGGGGUCAAUAAGUACUCCACAGCCUUCGGGAGGAUCUGGCUGUCCAUGGUGUUUGUCUUCCGGGUCAUGGUGUUCGUAGUGGCAGCCCAGAGGGUGUGGGGAGACGAGAGCAAAGACUUUGUGUGCAACACCAAACAGCCUGGCUGUAACAACGUCUGCUACGACCAUAUCUUCCCCAUCUCCCACAUCCGUCUGUGGGCGCUGCAGCUAAUCUUCGUCACGUGCCCAUCUCUGAUGGUCAUGGCUCAUGUUAAAUAUCGCGAGGGGAAGGACAGGAAGUACAUGGCAGGGCACCAAGGCUCUCACCUUUACGCCAACCCCGGCAAGAAGAGAGGAGGUCUGUGGUGGACAUAUCUAGUGAGCUUGGUCUUUAAAGCUGGGUUUGACACUUCGUUUCUCUAUAUUCUGUAUCGGAUCUACCAUGGAUACGACCUUCCCAAACUCUCCAAGUGUUCCCUGGCACCGUGUCCCAACACCGUGGACUGCUUCAUCAGUCGUCCAACAGAGAAGAAGAUCUUCAUGCUCUUCAUGGUCGUGUCCAGCGCCAUCUGCAUAUUAAUGUGCAUCCUUGAGAUGAUUUAUCUCAUCGGCAAGCGCAUCUUGAAAAUGAUAAACAUCCGAAACGAGAACCAGAGAGUUGUGUUUGCCGACCAGCAUGAACUCACCGCCAUCACACCUCCCAGGUCCCAGUACCGGAGGGCAGACCCAACGCUGGCAGAGAGCCAGCUGAGUUUAAGCAAGCGGGAGAAGACUGAGGGUCGACAGAAAACAACCCUGCUAUAGCACAGAGACCAGUGGAAAACAGGAAGACCGAAGGUUCUGGGAUCAAGGGAACAAGUACUUUAAGGGUUCCCUUCAGGAGGAACUGCUGCUUCUCCAGACGGGAGGCUGGAUGGAGUUUUCAGUAGCAGAACAAAACUCUCAGCUCUGCUUGGGUUUACAGCUAGCUUUGCUUAAUGACUGUUUAUCAGAAAACUGCAUCUGGUGCAUCUUUUUAUUUAUUCAUCCAAUGAGACCAAAGAAGUCACAUGAUGUAACGACUUCAUGACAACCAAGGGUUACCGUCCUCACAGUGACAGACGGCCAUCUAACUUCAUGCUAAAACAUCACGUUUACUCCAUGAGAGUUUCUAUUCCAAAGGUUCUGGGCCGGAGCAAAUCUGGGUCGCUUGUAGACCCGGGUGUAUGCACAUCAUGUCUGAAGCUACAGAAAAAGCUGAUUUAGUCAGAAACAACAAACAGCAAGAGGCCAAGGUCAGGUCGGAGGUCAAAGGUCAGGCAGGAGGCAUGUGUGUGCUCCGCCUUUCUCAGACUGUAGGGUGCUCUGGUAGCUGCCUGAUGCAGCGCACCGGGCCCAUUCCUGGUUCUGUUGCUGCCAGAACAACCAGCAGCAUGCUGGUACCAGGCAGGUGGCAGCCGGGUUCUACUGUAGGUACCGGCCCGGAGCGGUUCCGCCUCUGGUCCAGCUUUACAGUCAGGAUGAGAAUCAUUUAUGGUGACAAAAGAGCCAAAAUGUUAUGAGAAUAAAAAUGGUAGAACUGUGUAGAUGAAUCGUUUCAGCGAGGAAAGCCUGGAGGUUUCAUCUGUCAGCUUCAUCAGAUUUAUGAAUAAUUUCAUACUGACUGAUUAUUUCCUUAUUCCAAACAUCACAAGACGCUCAGCAUUUCUCAUUUUAAUUAUGCAAUUCUCUAAAAAUUCCUACUUCUUUCUCCUAACGUCAUGUGAUUUUUUUCUAGUUAUUGUGACUUUAUCGUCACACGAUUUUAUUCUCAGAUUUAAACUGUUUU